AGAGGCCUAUUUCACAUGCUCAUCCAGGAACAUGGAUGCCUUUUGUGUCGCAUUUGGUAUCUCUUUGGUGUUUUCUAUCAUUAAACCUGGAUUCUCAACCUGUCUGUCAGGUUGUACUUGCACAGAUGAUAACCUGGGCAGAUCUCUGCUAUGUAUGGAAACCUCCAUGGGACGAAUCCCAGAGGACAUCUCUCAUGACUUUACUAAAAUUCGAAUUGAAAACUGCCACCUAACUGAGUUGCCUCGAGGUUCUUUCUCUCGAGUUAGUGGCUUGGAGUUUCUCUGGCUGAAUUUCAAUGAAAUCACCCUGAUGAACAUCAAAAGCCUCGAGGGACUCGGUAACCUGACUGAGCUGAGGCUACAAGGUAACAAGCUUACGUCCGUACCAUGGACGGGAUUCCAGGACACACCUAAACUCAAGAUUCUGGACUUGAAGCACAAUCGACUGGAUGUGCUACCAGAACAUGCUCUGAGACACUUACCUGCACUGACCUAUUUAGAUUUAUCCUUCAACCAGCUUAGCAUUAUAUCAAAAGAAGUUUUUAUUAAUUGGCCUCUGUACCAGACAGCAGAGAAAACAUGGGGGAAAGAAGGCAUAGUGUCUAAUGUAGUUUUGGCACUGCAUGACAACCCCUGGUUAUGCGACUGCCGCCUCAAAGGCUUUGUUGAAUUCAUUAGGGAGGUCAGUCCUCCCAUCAUUCUGAUGAACUCUUACAUGGUGUGCUCAGGCCCACCUUCCAAAUCUAAGAUGUUUUUCCACGAGAUCCAGUUAAAAACAUGCAUGAAGCCAGUGGCCUCGGCCCCAGAGACAAACAUCACUCUGCCUCUCGGAGCAAACGCAACCCUGACAUGUGUGGCCCAGGCCAGACCAGGCCCAACCGUGCAGUGGAUGUACAGCCUGAAAAUUAUACGAGGAUUUGCCGCUGCCCAGACUCAGAUCGAUGAGGAAACGGUCUCCUCCCAGCUGGUGAUUCCCUCCAUUCACAUAGCAGACCGAGGACUCUACACCUGCAUGGCUAACAAUUUCAUUGGAAACUCCUCUGUCGGCAUCACACUAGACAUCAGCACCUACAACUCCUCCAUUCCUCUUCCUCCACCUGUCCCUAUGUUGUCCUCCGACAACAACGUCCACAUCGAUAUCCGCAUAGCCAAGCAGACAGUUUACGGCAUCACCUUGGAGUGGUAUGCAGCCACAGAAAACCCUGCAGAAACAUGGUUCACCAUCCACUUUGGCAAGUAUGAUGCACCCAAGAAAGAGAUGAUCUACAUUGGCCCUGGCAUCAACAGCUACUCAGUCAGCGAUUUGCUUCCUGUAACUAAAUACGAGGUGUGUGUCACUCUGAAGAACCACCCACCCCGGGAGGGCCAGUGUAUUUUGUUCGUCACAGGAAGCGACAUGAGUGAGCUGGAGCAGAGAGAAAAGCUCAUUCAUAUAAUAGUCAUUGUGUGCGCCAUGGUGCUGGCUGUGCCGGCUGGUAUGUAUGCAUGCACCACAGAGGCCAGGUUCCCCUGCUUGGACCGCUGCAUAGAUCUGUGGAGGAAGCGAAGGAUGCAUGGAGAUAACCUGCAGGGACCAGACAGGCAGGGCACCUUCGACAGCCUGCAGGCAGCCAGCGAUGAAGCCUUGUGCAGGGACUCAAAGGAAAAGCAAGUAAAGAGGCGGAAGUCUGAAGAUAGGGGCAAAGGAGGAAGUGCUGCUCAUCUGUACUAAUCUGUACUAGUCAGAUAAUGUACAUAUACAUUCAUUUCUAAAUCAUGUCAGUUUUAAAUGUAGCUCCAGUCUGUGCCUCUUCUCUUCUUCUCUUCUUCUCUUAUGGAGCUAACAUGAUGUUCUAAUAUAACAAGUUUAGUUUGAUUAAUUGUUUAGAAUAUUGCUUAAAGAUGUAAUGACACUCUUAUAAUGAAAUGUUGAAAGAAUGCAUUGGCACAAACUUGAUAAAUUUUGAAAGAAAAAUAGUCCUUCAAAAUUAAAAUGCCUUUCUUCCAUCUCAUAGAGAGUGUUUUAUGUAAGUACAAAAAGAAGUCUAUUUCCAUUAAGUAUAUUUUUUAAGUUUUUAUACAGCACUAGUGAUUUACUGUGGAUAAUUCUGUGGAUGCAGUAAAUUCUCAGACAACAAUGUAUGAUUUUCUAUUUAUAUAUAUAAACGUACUUGUCUUUUAUCUUUGUAAGUCGCUUUGGAUGAACUACCAAAUUCUGAAUUCUGAGUGUAUAUUUGAAAUUUUAUGCAAGUUUAUAGGUGUUGCACUCAUGGUUGAAAUGUUUCACUGUAUGCACUCUACAGAACCUAAAUAUACGGUCUUGUGAUAAAAUGAAAUGUUAUUGAUGUGGAUUAAAGAGAAAGCAAAUGC